AUGAAGAUCUUCCGCUGCGGCUUCAUCGCUGCAUUCGCGCUCGCCAUGCACACCGCCGCAGCCAUCAGUACUGGCACCGCACCGGGACUUGCCUCUGCUGCCACCGGUGGAGGUGACACCGAUCCCGUGUACCCGACCACCAUCGACGAGCUCACCUCGUACCUUUCGGAUGACGAGACGCGAGUGAUCAUCCUGCAACAGGAAUUCGACUACCGCGGAUCGGAAGGCACCACAACGGAAGAUGGAUGCCGCCCGCUCUCAAACCAGCAAUGUAUCGCCAAGAACAACGGCUGUAAGGGCCAGGACGUCAUUCUGCAAAGCGGAGGUAUGUCCGGCACUGGUGGUUGCACCGAUGGUGUAUCGGUGGAGGUGACGUACGACAACGCUGGCCCGAAUCCACUGCAAGUACAGGGCAACAAAACCAUCCGUGGUAUCGGUACGUCGGGUGUGAUCAUCGGCAAGGGCUUGUGGAUCCUCGGCAGCAAUGUCAUCGUGCAGAACAUCCACAUCACAAACCUCAAUCCGCACCUGAUCUGGGGCGGCGAUGCUAUCUACAUCCAGGGGGCGGACGGAGGUGAAACCUCGCUGGAGAACGUAUGGCUCGACCACGUCAAGAUCUCCAGCAUCGGCCGCCAAAUGAUCGCCACUAAUACUGCCAGCGUCAAAAGCAUGACCAUCAGCAACUGCGAUUUCGACGGCUACACGGAGUACUCGGCGUCGUGCGACAACCGCCACUACUGGACCAUGCUCUUCUACGGAACAGAGACACAAGUAAGUCUUGUGAACAACUACAUUCACCAGACGUCUGGCCGCUCGCCAAAGGUGGGUGGCAACACCAUUCUGCAUGCGGCCAACAACUACUUUUACAACAACUCGGGCCACAAUUUUGCCCCCACCGAGGAGUCUUACACGGUGGCCGAAGGUAACUACAUGGACACGUGCACGGCGCCUGUGCUAUUGGACGACGACGCCACUGGCGCCUUCAUGGUACCGGCGAGUGACACACAGUCAUACUGCGAGUCGGCUCUGGGGCGUGAUUGUGUCGUGAACACCGUGGUGAGCAGUGACGCUGAGCUGACGGGCCAGAACGAGGAGAGUGCCGUGACGACAGCACAGACGGUGGCCAAGGCAUACAAGCCGUCGGCAGCCGGAAAGCUGUCGCUGUCGAGCGCAAAUUUUGGUGUGGGUGAUCUGGACGCCGUCGACGGCUCGAGCUCCUUGUCUAGCACUAGCACCUUGACCACCUCGACCACGGCUACACCAACCGUGGCGUCCACGACUGCGAGUGGAUCUGCCUCAACAACUUCAGCGGCUUCCAACGCUGCCUCGACUGCCUCGAGUGACACCACGGUGCAGGAGACUAGCUACACUUUCACUUCUAGCAACGCUCAGUCCAUUGACGCCCCUUCUCAAACGGAAAGCACAUCUUCUGUUACUGGCGAAGCGGACAGUCACCGCCAACAUCACUUGUAG